CCGGAACGACCCGGAUUUAUAUCCGGCCAAGGACUGUCACUUCAGCAGCAUUCCCCGUACAUGUAUGGGGAAUGUUUAUGCUCGUACAACAACAACAUUGUUGUUGGUCUAGUGCCGCCACCUUUAAUGAAUACGCCUUGAACUCAAGUUUAAUCAAUUUUUUUACAUUUUACUUCGCUAAAUACCAUCGCAAAAUAAUUGUAUCUGUAUAUACACAAAUAAACAAGUGAAAACGCUCGAAAAUGGUUGGGUUUUUAGGCUGAGAGUGCAAAAUUAAUCGAAAUAUUCCCUAUGAUUUUUUCACAACAUGUAAACAUUUUCAUUAAUCUUGUUAAGAAAGUAAUUCUUACCACUAGAAUAUAAACACUUCACCAUUUUCCCCUUGUCAAUUUACUCAAAAAUAUCAAAACGGCAACGCUAAAAACAUUGCUCAAGAAGGUAUCUUCAUUUAUCUUCUCGUUUGUGGGCAUUGUAAACAAAUAUUUUAAAUUAAUACAGGACGCAAACUUGUCCUAAACAAUCAUAUAAUGGCGAAAACGAGUGAGUCCGUAGAAAUUGGUCCCCGACGAAAGAGUACAGUAUGGACAAGAGAAAAGAUUACCCAGUUAAUUGAGUUGUACCGGCAACAUGAUUGCUUAUGGAAUCAUUACACUGAGGCAUAUAAAAACAAAGAAAAGCGAACAAAAGCUAUUGAGGAUAUAUGCUCAAAUUUACGCAUCACAAAAAUGGAUUUUGGAAAAAAGAUUCAUAACUUGCGCAAUCAGUUCAACUCGGAGAUGAAAAAACUUGAACGAAGAGUUGAGGAAACAGGAGACGACACUGAGUCAAAAACAGAAGGUUGUCGGUGGAAACAUUUCCAAGCCCUUAAAUUUCUUCGAGAUGUAAUUGAGCCUCGUCCUGGCGGCUAUCAAUCUAAAAUGCGUAGAAUGGAUUCAAAUAUAAAGUAUGAUAUAACAAGCGAAGACGAAACUGAGCAACAAAGUACAAAACCAGCCAAUGUACAAAAUUCUAAUGACACUUUAGAGCAAAUUACACAGUAUCAAUUUGAAGAUUCGAUUAUGGUCAGCGAUUAUGAAGUAGGCGUUGUUGAUCACGUAUCGCCAAGCAGAACCAAAAACUGCAAUGCACAAAGAAAUGAAAGUACGACUUCAAUGUUGGUGAUCGGGAGCAAAGGCAGCCAUUAUCUUCCAUCCAAACAAGCAAGCCAACGCAUCAAAUGCAACGAAGACCGUAAUAGAGUUUGUAAUAAACAAGACAAAAUAUCCCCGCAGCGACUGAAAUCUCAAUGUCAGGAAAUAACUAUUGAAGAUUCACAGCAUGAGCAAGCCACCAACUACUACCAUAAUACCAAGGGAGAUCAAUGUGGGCAAAACACUAGCGACAUAGUAAGUAAAAAAGGUUUAGAUGACACCUGUAUGAUCCUAAGAUCACGAGACCAAUGGGACGCUUUUGGGGAAUUGAUUGCUACAGAAUUUCGUCAUCUCAAUUCCGAUACAUCACGAAAGAAGCUCAAGCGUAAGAUAAUGCAAGCCAUGCUGGAAGUUGGCGAAGAAGACGAUCUGAUUUCUAUAUGAAUUGUGCGCUUCAACUUUUUUCCGAUAGGGAGGGCGAACGACGCAAUAUUUUUUAUUUUUCGCUUGUCAUUUGUAAACUUCAUUAGUAUACAUUUCAUCAUGGAACGCUACACACUUGAGCAAAGAUUGCAAAUCGUGCAAUUUUUUUAUGAAAAUAAUCGUUCUGUUGCUGCUACUUUAAGAGCAUUACAGCCAUUUUACGGUCCAUUUAACAAGCUGUCCCGUUUUGGGGUUAUGUGAAGUCAUUGA